AUGUCUUUAACCAGGGAGCAAGCGCACAUCAUCACCACCUCCACCGUACCAGUGCUGGCCCAGCAUGGCGCUCAGAUAACGACCGUCUUCUACGCGAACAUGAUUCGCGACGUGCCCGAGCUCAAAAACAUCUUCAACACGUCAAACCAGCGAAACGGCCGUCAACAACAAGCACUUGCCGGAGCGCUCUACGUCUACGCCGCCAAUAUUGACAACCUAGAACUGCUGAAGCCAGCGCUUGAGCGCAUAAGCCAAAAGCAUGUCAGCCUGUACAUUCGACCGGAACAGUAUGACAUUGUCGGCAAGUACCUAUUGGAAGCCAUGAAGGAAGUCCUGGGCGACGCCCUGACGCCAGCCAUCCUUGAUGCCUGGACUGCGGCGUACCGCCAAAUCGCCAACCUCAUGAUCAAGCGGGAAGACGAGCUCAUGACACAAAAGCAAGGCUGGACCGACUGGAAAGAUUUCUGGAUCGAUGCAAAAUCAGUCGAGUCUGAAGAAGUGACUUCGUUGUACCUGAAGCCUGUCGAUGGCAAGCCGUUGCCCGAGUUCCUGCCGGGUCAGUACAUCUCCAUACGAGUCGAGGUGCCCGACUUGCAUCACAAGCAAGCGAGACAGUACUCUCUCAGCGACAGAUACUCGCCCGACUACUACCGCAUUAGCGUGAAGCGAGAUAACGGGCUCAACAUCAAGCAAGACCCCAACGCUCUGGCUCAUCCAGGAUAUGUCUCGAACAUCCUCCACGACCAGAAGAAGGUCGGAGAUGUUGUUCAACUGUCUCACCCAGCAGGCGAUUUCUUUCUCGACGUGCGACCAGACGACGACGACGACGACGACCGUUCUCCUAUCGUCCUUCUCUCCGCUGGUGUGGGCUUGACUCCUCUCACAUCCAUCCUCAAUACCUCCAUUGCCAAGCGUGGACGACGCCAGAUCUCGUGGGUGCACGUCAGCAGAAACCACAAGACCCACGCAUUCAACGACCACGUCAACACCAUGGCCGAAUUACAUCCAUGGAUCAACAAGCGGGUCUUCCACAGCAAUCCCGUCCAUGGCGAGGAACAAGGUGUCCAUUAUGACCAUAGGGGCCGCUUGGAUUUGUCGAAGCUGGACGCGGAGAAAGAAUUGAAGCUGAACGACAAGAAUGGCACUUAUUAA